CCUGUGCAGCAGCUGAGGAACUACGGAUUGGAUUUUGCCGAACAAAACCUUGAGCUAAAACCUCUCUCUCUCCCCCCCACCCCCAUUUCAAGUCAUCCCUUUUGGUUACUGCCUAGCAACAAUGAAGGAAGAGGGGUAAAUCCCAUUAUUAAAUGCAAGCCAACAGUUCCAGCUUCCAGCUCUUACUGCUUCGCCUGGCAUCAUCACUAGAAAUAUGGAUACUGAAGAGAGAACAGUGCACUGCAUUGUCCAACAAGGGAAACACCAAUUGUAAAAUCUUCAAUGCUUCCAUUGUCAGCAGCAGACAAUGCCGGUCAGAAUGGAAGCAAGAAAUGCUGCUUCUGUCUCUUGAAAGAUGACCAGAGAAAAAUCAAGACAAGCACACUGGUGAGCAGGGAAGGUAGGGGAGCAAGAAGCAUACAGAUGGACACACUGGAUACCGUGAAAAGCAGUCGUAGGCAGCAGGCUGCUAGGAGAGAGAUGUGCGCAUGGCCGAUAGCAUCUUUUUGGCUGAAAGGAUGGCAUGCCAAAACUACUUGCAGUGGGUAUAAUCCUCUCACCACAAAUGGCUUGACAAAGGAAGAUCUGGUGAUUUGCUAACAAUCUGUCUAUAACGGAAGGGGAAUACCAAGAAAUAGCAGUGGAUCUGAAAACAAAGCAUUUCCUUCAGUCAUUCUCACAUCCCAUUGCUGGAUACUUACAACAUGCUUCAGUGGAGGCGGCGGCAUUGCUGCUUUGCCAAGAUGACCUGGAAUACCAAGCGGUCACUGUUUCGCACACAUUUCAUUGGCCUACUCUCCCUUGUGUUCCUUUUUGCUAUAUUUCUGUUUUUUAAUCACCAUGACUGGCUGCCUGGCAGAGCUGGAUUUAAAGAAAACCCUGUGGCUUACACUACACGGGGAUUUAGAUCAAUGAGAAGUGAAACAAACCACAGCUCUUUGAGGACCAUUUGGAAGGAUGCAGUUCCUCAGACCCUCAGGCCACAAACUAUUAUUAAUUCCAACAAUACAGAACUCUCACCUCAAGGAGUUACUGGUUUAGAGAAUACACUGAGUGCCAAUGGGAGUAUUUACAAUGUGCGAGGCACUGGACAUCCAACUUCAUAUCACUUUAAGUAUGUUAUUAAUGAGCCUGAUAAAUGCCAGGAGAGAAGUCCAUUCCUGAUACUACUCAUAGCUGCAGAACCAGGUCAGGUGGAAGCUCGACAAGCUAUAAGACAAACCUGGGGAAAUGAGAGCUUGGCACCUGGGAUCCAAAUUGUUCGGAUUUUUUUGCUGGGUUUAAAUAUUAAGCUAAAUGGAUACCUUCAGCGAAACAUCCUGGAGGAAAGCAGGCAAUACCAUGACAUUAUCCAACAAGAAUACUUAGACACUUAUUACAACUUAACAAUCAAAACACUGAUGGGGAUGAAUUGGGUUGCCACCUACUGCCCCAAUGUCCCCUAUGUUAUGAAAACUGACAGUGACAUGUUUGUCAAUACAGAGUACUUAAUACAUAAGCUUUUGAAACCAGAAUUUCCUCUUCGGCACAAAUACUUUACAGGCUAUCUAAUGAGGGGGUAUGCACCCAAUCGGAACAAAGAUAGCAAGUGGUAUAUGCCACCUGAUCUAUAUCCAAGUGAACGCUACCCUGUAUUCUGCUCCGGGACAGGCUAUGUGUUUUCUGGAGAUUUAGCAGAAAAAAUUUUUAAGGUCUCAUUGAGUAUCAGACGUUUGCAUUUGGAGGAUGUAUAUGUGGGCAUCUGUCUUGCCAAGUUGCGAAUUGACCCCAUGCCCCCACCCAAUGAGUUUGUCUUCAAUCAUUGGCGGGUUUCUUAUUCCAGCUGUAAAUACAGUCACCUCAUUACCUCCCAUCAGUUCCAGCCUAGUGAACUGAUCAAAUACUGGAAUCAUUUACAACAGAAUAAGCACAAUGCCUGUGCCAACUCAGCAAAAGAAAAAACAGGCAAGUAUCGUCAUCGUAAACUGCACUAGAAGAGGCCCUCCCCUCCUAAAAGUAUGCCAUGUGCAAUUUGUAAAAAAAGAAAAGAAACAAGGCUGAAAGCAUGUACAGUUAAAAAAAAGUGCUUAAGAGGGACAAUAUUUAAGACCAAGCACUUAAUGAUGUUUGAAAAUUAUUUUUUUAAUUUAAAAGAAAAAACCUAACUCUUGAAAAUAAUAUGAUGGAAGUAUUAACCAAAAGGUUUUCAAAAUUGGGAGAAAAGAGAAAGAUGGUAUCAAGAUAUUUGUGUUAAUGUGCAAUAAUAAGCAUGCACAGUUUGGUGGUACAAUUGCUAUUUUAUGUGCCAAUAAAAUUAACUGCACAAAUAUUACAUAUUAAUUUUCUUUUUAAGAAAGGGACUUACUCCUAAUUUUUUCCAUCAAUGGCUUCUCAUUUUAGUAUUCAGAAUUGCAAUGAAAAACAUACAUGACAAUUUGGAAGAAAUCUUGCAUACAAAUUAGAUUCCUCCCGUUGGUCUGAGAGCCAUUUAACUGAAUACACAAAUUUUUCAUAUGUGAAUUUAGGGAUCAUCAAUGCUAACACCAGUUUUGAAGAGCCUGCCUUUUUCAAUAUAAAUUUAUAGUCUUGCUGUAAGAAAACUGGCAGACUGGGAUGCAAAAUUUCAUAUUGGUCAUAAUUUAGAUAAUUAAAAUACUUCAGAGAAGAAUUAGAUUUUAAGACAAAACCUGGCACUACUAAAAGAACCACUGAUAUGCUGUCAUGUGCCAACAUGUCAUGCCAUCUGGGCAGUGUUCAUACCUGACAUUUUACUGUCUUCCCCAUACUCCUGCUGUUCUCAAUGGCUGGCUGUAAUAUUCUGUUUUAAAAACUUUCAGAAGGUUUUGAGAUUUACGUAUUUCAACUAAUAACUGAAUAUGAUGUGCAACUAUGGUAACCCUAAGAGUAACGGCCACACUUAAGUAUAUGCUUCACACUUGUUACAAAGAACUGUACAAGAGCUUUUCUGUGUACUAGAUGACAAGUGGAUGAAAAAAAACAUGAUUACCUCGCUAUUCUUUAUUUCAUUAGAGUAGUCAUGUUCUCAAGAGACAAACAAGAAAACAGAGUCAAUGUUCUUAAAUGAAUUACAAGGUAGAAGUGCACAAUACCAUUUUAACAUAUCUACUGUAUAUGAUUGACCAUAAGAAACACUAAUAUUCAAAACACCCCUGCUGUCUUAUUUCAACUCACUAAAAUUCUUUGGACUUAAAAUAACUGAAUUG